UUGCACUUCCUUCUCCUGACCAGCAGGGCGCGGUGACGCAGCUUUGCGUCCUUUCUCCAACUUUCUAUUAAUGACGACGCUGUCGUGAUGACGUCCGACCGGAACAGUGCUUCCUGGUUACGAUGAGGCUAAGCUAACAGCUAGCUCGGCUUGUUGUUGUUCCUCCUCCGCUCAGCGGGGCUCCGCCUCAGUGUCUCUCCGGCGGCUUCAGUCCCCGACAGACAGACGCUCGGCUCGGACUUACGCCGUUAAUGCCCCGGGAUGUCUUUCCUGGAGAAGCCGGCCCCCGGCAAGCUGCUGCUGGACGACACCGUGCCCCUGACCGCGGUGAUCGAAGCCAGCCAGAACCUGCAGUCCCACACGGAGUACAUCAUCCGAGUCCAGAGAGGUGUGUCUUCAGACAACAGCUGGCAGGUGAUUCGUCGCUACAGUGACUUUGAUGUUCUCAACAGCAGUUUGAUGGUGUGUGGGAUCAGUCUCCCUCUUCCUCCUAAGAAGCUGAUUGGAAACAUGGACAGGGAGUUCAUAGCGGAGAGACAGAGAGGACUGCAAGCCUAUCUGGACUCCAUCACUCAGCAUCCACUGCUGUCCAGCUCCCUGACCGUCAAGAAGUUCCUGGACCCCAACAACUACUGCGCCAACUACACAGAAAUCGCCCUGCAACAGGUCUCCAUGUUCUUCAGAUCGGACCUGAAGUGGGAGGUCCUGGAGCCUCUCAAAGACAUUGGCUGGAGGAUUAGGAAGAAAUAUUUUUUAAUCAAAAACAAAGAGCAGCCCAAAGAGAGGUAUCUGCUGAGCUGGGUCGACCUCGGUCCUGAUAAGUUCCUGUCGGACAAAGACCUACAGUCAGCAAUGAAGUUGCUCACCAGCCUCUCUGCACUGUAUUUCUGUCCGCUGUUGUUCUCCAGCACCAGUGAGUCUUCAGCUCUGCUCAUCCGGCCGUUCAGUGAGCGAGGCUCUCUGAGAGACCACAUCUGUAAGGUGAAGCCCAGAGAGAGUUACCUGAAGAAGUACGGCAACCCGAAGAAGAGCCAGGGCCUUGAACUGCCGCAGGUCAAACUGUACGGCCGUCAGAUCCUUGAGGGUCUGAAGCUCCUCCACGAUGGUGGCAUAUUUUACGGUCAUCUACAUGCGUCUAAUGUCAUUGUGGAGGACGGCGUGUGUCGACUGAUGGACGUGGAGAACGGCAUGCUGGGAGUUCCCUCAACACUUCGACCCAGCUUCACCCCGCUCAGGAAGAUAAACACCACAGAGAGCAUCGACGUCUUCUGCUUCGGUCACUUACUGUAUGAGAUGACGUACGGCCGACCGCCAGACGGCGUUCCUGUUGAUCAGUACCCCUCUGUUCCCUACACAGCUGUGGUGUCAGUGCUGCAGUCCAUUCUGUCCUCAGAAGCCUGCAAGAGCGGGAUGCCCACAGUGUCGCAGCUCAUCCAGACACCGUUGUUCAGUGAUGUCCAGCUCCAACAGUCAGAAAAACUCCAGAUCAAGGUUCCCAGCAGGCUGAAGGAGGCUCUAAAGACGGCCAAGGAGAGCCUGGAGAAGCGGCUGCAGGAGGAGCAGAGAGUGCUGCACCAGCACAGGAGGUUGACCAGAGCUCAGUCUCACCACGGCUCAGAGGAAGAGAAGAAGAGGAGGAAGAUUCUGGCAAGGAAGCAGAAGUCCAGACAGUCGGCUUAUGAAAACGAGGAAGACGUCUCUGUCAGAAACAACAAUAACUCUGGUUCUGGAGCCAGUUCCCCUCCCACAUGCCCAUCCUCCCCCACCCCCCCAUCCACCACAGGAGCCCAGACUGCUCCUCCUCCACCUCCUCCUCCCCCUCCUCCUCCUCCUAUGCCGGACUCUUCGUCCUGUCCUCCUCCUCCUCCUCCUCCAUCUUCCUCUGAUGGCGCAGGGGGAGGUCGUUCUGCCCUGCUGAGCUCCAUCCAGACCUUCAGUAAGGGCAAACUGAAGAAGGCCGAGACCACCGACCGCAGCAAACCUGUCACCUGACCCCGCCCCCGCCACUGCAACCCGUCCUCCACCUGCAAACCAUCAUCACAGCGACAUGACGACCCACCGGUUCUGCAUCGUGGUCUUGUUCAUGUCGACGCUCCCAGAGAUGUGAAAACAAAUCAAAGUACCAUUUUUUAGUUUUUAUCUCUAUUCCUGCUUUUACCUGCUUUUAAUUUUUUUUUAAAUCCAUUGCUGUGGUUAGAACGAGCAGAGGACUGUCGGAGGAAGCAACUGUCGCCUCAGUCUGUGCUUUCAAGAACUCAAGACAAUCCUUGGCCCCUGAGGGUCUGAGCCACCCGGCUCCAGAUAGAAAGAUGGUUAACUCAAACUGAGUCUGGAGCGCUGCUGAAUGAGUGGAGUGUGGAUUUCUGUUCCUGAUCCCACCGGGUGACAAACUUAAAUACCCUGGAUCCAAAAACUAUGUGCUCUGACGUUGUCAUGGCGCUGCACAGUCCUGAUCCUGGAGCAGUGUAGAGGAACUGGCCCUAACUCCUGCUUCCACUCUUUUGAAAUCAUCUCAGACUCAUUUUUGACAUGUAGCAUCCAGACUGCUGCCCGCUCACUGCAGGACAUCAGAAGAAAUGAAGAACGUCUCCGGAAAAUUAGGAGCUGCACUGCAAAAGAAAAAAAAACCCAAACACCUUCAUUAUCUCAUUUCUGUCUGUAAUUAAAUAUCAAAAUCUUUAUAAGACAGGUCGCUGCAUUCGAGACAAGAUAGACGCUCUUUUAGAUCAAGAAAAACAAAACAAAGAGCAGCAACAAACCAGAUAAUUGUGAUGCUACCAACUGCAGUAAAAGCAUUUCCUUCCACCUUCACUGUGCACUUUCAGUUUGCUCAAAAACCUGAGUGAAAAUUAGACAAAGGUUUAUUUAUCGAUAAAAAUAAAAUGAAUAGAGUUCACUGGAAACAGACUUAACAAUUAAAUCCUGAUGAGCAUGUGAAUUAGAUCCCAACAGUCCCCAUGUAAAAUUAAAAUUAGAUUGAAUUGAUUAAAAUGAAUUAUUCUCUGAGAAAUCAAUGAAAGUGUUGAAAACGUCUUAUCUCAGAAAGUUUGGAGCGGAGACGUUCAGACGUCACAGAUUUGAGACCUGUCAGGUGAAGCACAACUUUUCCUAACGUGACUCCUGAACUGGAUAAAAUAAAUCAAACAUCUGACCUGCAGUCAUCAGCAGCCUGGGAGAAGGAAAUCAGUUUUGUCUUUGUGAUCAGAGAAGUAACGUUGCUCAAGUCAAACCUGCAGACACAGAAAUACAAGUUGUUUUGUUUGGGAAACACCGUCCACUAACUUUAUCUUCAUUUCAGGAUUGAUGUCAGACGCUUGUUGGGGAGAUUCCUGGUAUUUUAGUUUGAAUUCUGUUGUGUUUUAAUGUUUGUUGUCGUCACAGCUGAGAUUCAUUUGUUUGAAUGUGCCAUAUGGAUCUUUGUGCCUUUGUGAAUCUGAUUUUGUUUAUAGUAAAAGUAUUGCAUGUCACAGUAUCAUCUGUAUGUAUGAAGCUCUGUCCGGUGAGGAUAUAAACACUUUAGCACACAGGAUGUAACGAUGUUCAGACAGAUUAUUACCACGCCCCUAAUGAUUAUUUUCUAUUCUUCUAUAAAAUGUCAGAAAAGUUCAAUAAAACACGAUCUUCACUCUGCUAAAAAAGCUAAGAAGCAUAUUUCCCAAAAUGUCUAGUUUAUUAUUUUAAAAACUGGAUGAUUUGGAAACCCACCUUAAAUUUUCUUUUUAACUGCCACUUUCUUCAGCUUCACUUUAAUCCCUCUCACCUGUGGUCCCCUGACAUUCUGUGUGCUGAAGUGUUUCGCCUGCGACAGAGCGGCAGAGUCCUGAGCUCAGGGGAAUCCUGCGGCCUGAAGACUCUGAUCACUACGUCGAAGCACUCGCAGCGUUUGUUGUGAACGACCGCUCUGUGCCGAAAUCCUUUGUUUUUUACUAUUCUGUGCAAUCCGGUCCAAUGCGAUGGUCUUCACGUCUUGAAUGGUCAUUAAAUUGUAUCAGAAUGUUUCUCUGCAGCACUUUACCCGUGAGAGAUGGGAGACAAGUCCAGAGGUGUGUUUGUGUCCAUGAGAACAACUUGCAGGAUCAGUUCAGUCCCCGAGACGGAGCUGGUUUACAAGCAAGUUGUUAUUAAAACCACUGCAGUGUCCAGGUUACUGUCACACGAUGUUAUCAAGUUCUUUCCCAUUGUCAUGAAAUAUCUCCUCUACAUUUAUUGCAGCUGUACAAUGAACGUGUUCAUCCAUACUGAAGUUAGAACUCCAGUAAGCCUGCUGUGAUGAAAUUAUAACUGCAUCUACCAAAUGAACAUUGAUUAAAAAGUGGUUCAGGAAAA